AAAACAAAAGAUAUUUCGCGUCGCGGACGGAAGAGUUUGGCACUUUGCUUUCUUCCUCCAUUCCAGUUCCAAACAUCAACCGCCGUUCGCGUGUUUCUCGGAUCGUUCGUUUUUCGGAUACGUUGUUUUAAGUGGAAUUCAGGCUCCCGGAAUCCGGAAAACCCGCUGUAGCACGAGGGAUGGAGGACGGUUCGGUGCAGCAAGCCGGCGCGCAGUUGAGCGGGGCCGACAUGGACGGGUUCGUGGUUCCGAGCGGAUACAGCUGGUACCGGCAGAACGCGUUCUUGUGUACGCCGGACAAUGGCCUGCUGUAUCACUCCCGGUACGAUGUCAACUACGUCAGCCCGCUCGAGGUGGACCAGAUGCCGCGGGUGCAGAUCAUGAACGUGCGGGCAGUGGUGAAGUCGCUGGCCUGCUCCCAGGACUGGACCGAGCGGCGCGAGUUUGCCACGCUCGACGAUCAGAACAACCUGCUGGUGUGGGACCUGGACGUGGGCCUUCCCGUCAAGGGCCACAAGGGCCACGUGUACAAGGCGCACGGAGGGGGGCCCCGCUACAGCGACGAGGUAAACUCGGCCAUUUGCUUCACCCGCACGCAGAAGGUCCUGUCGGCGGAGCACUCGCUACUGAUCGUGUACUGCCUGGCGACGGACACGUACAAGAUCUACGCGGAGCUGUUCCGGGAUACGGUGGUGCUGCUGUCGCCCUGUCCGGACGAUCGGAACGUGUUUGCGGCGGGGUUACGCCGCGGGCUGAUCGUGCUGUUUUCGCUCAAGGACAUGACCGUGCUGUACAAUAUGCGAGGCCACGACCGGGAGGUGGUGUCGAUCGAUUGGAUGCAGGUCCCGGUGCAGCCGGAGGACACGCGUGCCAACUGGCGGCGCGAGGAACGUCCCAAGAAGGAGGCUCGCAAGAAGAAGGUGGAGACGGGAGCGGCGGCGGCGGCGGUGGACAAUGCGGACAUAUUCGAUAUCUAUGAGUACAAUGAAAACCAGGAGGAGUUUGGGACGAUCGUUGACAAGCAAACGUCGAGCUUUGACAAGAAGGAUCGCUUCUUCGACAAGGUUCACACGACGGAAGGGUUCAACUUUCUUGAGGAGUGUCAGAAUUUGAAGAAGGACAUUAUCAAAGCGAAGGAGGAGCAGGAUUUGGAAGGGGAGGAUGAAGGUGCGGAUGCGGAAGAGGGUGAGAAACAGGCGGCGACGAACACCGACGACGAGAACGAGCUGGACGAGGCGGAAAAGCUGCGCGAUUACAUCAUUGUCGAUGGUGAUGGCGAAGAGGAGCAGGACGCGGAAGCGAAGAAGGAGGCCGUCAUGCGUACGAUCUUAGUGAGCGGAAGUCGCGAGAAUGUCAUAUAUUUCUGGGACUACAAGACCGGCCUUCAGAUCGACCGAAUCGUCCUGCAUAGCAGCGGCGCCAACAAGCGGAUGACGCCAGGAAUUUUCAUAACGCCGGUCUUCGCCAACCCGUGGAAGAUUGUGGCCAACACGAACGUGGGUCACGUGUUCGAGUGGACGGUUUCGUUUUCGUUCCGGGACACGCAGGUGCGCAUGAAGACGAAGCAGAACUCGGUGCGCUAUCCGGUCGAUAUGGCCGUCUGUCUGCAGCGGGCACGGGCGCCCAUCGCGGCCUUCGAUCCCAAGUGUGGCUACGUGUGGUGCCAGACGACGCUCCGCAAAAUCCUCGGAUUGUGCGUAACCGGUCAGCCAGCUAUCGUAGUGGAUUACACCUGUAUGACCACCGGGCACGAGUGCGUCGUGGAGAGUCCGCUCGAAUCGACAAUAUUGGCGGUGGGCUGCACGGACAAAAAGCUGGUCACGGUCAAUCUGGCCACGCUGGCGUUCAACGAUGUCAACUGCGUGCCGUACAUGAACAAGGUCGGCAGCUCGGUGACCGCCCUGGACUGGCAUCCGGAAAAGGAGAACCUGAUUGCGUUCGGCACGCUCGAGGGCCGUAUCGGGCUGCUGGACACGGGCAGCUCGAACAACGUUCCGAUCAUGCUGAAUCCGUUCCAGACGACCAAGGUGUACUCGCUCAAGUGGUGCCAAUUGUCGGACGGGGAAAACGAGAGCACCAUGAUACUGAUGGCGACUGGCCAGGCCAAGAGUGCCUUCUACAAGAUGACCGGGGCCGGAAAGUACGAUCCGAUCGAGGUUCGCCAGUUUGGGAUGGUGUCGUGCGUUUCGGCCUCCGAUCGAUAUCUCUUCGUGGGAACAAACGGUGGGGUCGUCUAUGUGGCCGACCUGUCCAAGGAUUUCACCAAGCUCUUCCAGCGGAAUAUUUCCAGUCGGUAUAUUUCGUCGUUGCAGUUCAAAGACGGCGUUCUUGCAGUUUCUUCUAACGAUAGUCACAUCCGGCUGAUCGACUUUAGCAACGGAAUCGACGACAAAGUCGAAGACAACGUCCGGCUGCUGGAGGGCCACUCGUCCGGCGUCUGCAAUGUCCGGUGGGGCCACGGCGACAGCAAGCUGCUGGUGUCCGCCAGUUUCGACAACACCGUGCGCGUCUGGGACACAACGGCGGCCAGCUGUCUGGCCGUGUACCACAGCGUCGAGUCGGUAUUUUGUGCCAUCUUUUCGCCGAUCCACGAGAACAUUGUGAUCUUCGUCGGCAAGGGCACGACCCUGGCGUUCGUGGACUACACCAAACAUCCGCCCCAGCCGGAUGGGGGGAAGAAGAACAAACUUGCCAUUAAGUGGGCCAUUGCCGAGGAACGCAACGACAAGAGAGCCAUCCGGGAAAAGAAACGCGCCGGCAAACCACUCAGCGACCUGGAGAAGUCCAUCGGUUCGAUGCGAAUUUCCGACAAGGCUGGCUCGGCGACUCCACCGCAAAGCAACGGCCAUGCUGAACCCCAACCAGAACUGGUGACGCCUUCCGACGUGUCAGCGCCCGUAGUGACCACCAAGCAGGUGGUCCAACUGGCCGAUCGAAUGGAGCAGGUCAAGUUCCAGGAGAUCGAACCCCGGGUGGAAACGCUCAAGGCGAACAUGACGUCGCUGUUCCACUUGUCGCAACGCGAAAUCAACCGACCCGCGGACGUUCUGGCGUGCAUUGGCAAGCUGGUGAACUACGAGGAACCAAACGAGGAUUAUCCCGAAGAGGAAGAAGAAGUUGAAGAAGCGGCGCCGAAACCCGCAGAGGAGAAGCAACCGCAGACGAACGAACGGCGAUACCACCUCGAGAAGCUGUUUACGGCCGAGAAAGACCUGCGCGAGUUGAUCGACGAGGAGACAAAGUAUCACCACGUGACGCACACGGCCUCCAUCGGGACGAUUCUGUUGCCCCAGGUGGGCUUCCGGCUAAAGGAGCAAAUCAUCGAGAGGAUCGCUUCAAAAACGCUGACCGAUCAGCUGUUGGCGCUGGCGCCAUCGAUUUCUUACGAAUUUUGGCGAAAGUGUAGCGAAGCGUACGCGUACCAGCUUCUGGAGAAGAAGUACCCGCUGGCUGCGAUACCGUACUUCUUGGCGAGUCACAAGAUCACCGAAGCCAUCGAGAACCUGUGCCAGCACAAGUACUACCGCGAGGCGUGGGUCAUCUGCAAGCUGCGCAAGGCCGCCGACGACCCGGUGCGCGAGAAGGUCUGCACCGAGUGGGCCCAGUACCUGGAAACGACCGGCAAUCUCGAGGGCGCUGCGUUGGUCUGGACGGCGGCAAAGCAGUACAAAAACGCCGUGGCCGUGCUGUCCAAGCGCAAGGACAUCACCGAGGACAUCAAGCGUGCGAUCGGGGUUUUGAACGACAAGAUGCAGCAGCUGGCGGUGGCUUAGUGAACUCGCUCGAAAGUAUUCCAUCUGUUUUUUAAUUGGUUAAACAAUGAGAAGCUGACGCCUGGCAGUGAUAUUAGAAGCUAUUGAGCUGACCUAUUCGAAUAAAAUACCUCUGUGAGAAAAGUUUCAAAGAAUUACUGUUUAAA